CUGUAUGGUAAAUGCAGGAUUUCCUGACAUUAGUGACUGAUUAAAGGAUUACAGAAUGCUGAAAGUGCUUCGGUUUUCUAAUAAUGUCACUGAAUAUUUGCUGCAGAAAAGCUGUCCGCAGCCUUCCUCAGAUUUCUCUUCUGGCUAAUCCCCAUAUUGACUCAGCAGCAUGGAAGCAAGUUAGCAGCUUACCUUAUCCAGCUCCUAAUGCUCUGUGAAGGUGCUCACUUAAUAGUCCUUUCUGUCAUUUUGCCAUCUCAUUUAACUGAAUAACAGAUAAUCUUCCCAAGUUUUUCUAUUUAUGCAUAUUUGUAUUCAGUGAAGUAGUUUACAGCCCUCACAAGUAAUCAGACCUUCCAAAAGCAACUCAGAAAGGACAAGAAGGAACAGGGCUUUUAUUCAAGGGUGUGUCGAAGUGUCUGGUGUGACCGUGGAAGAGGAGGGAGCUAUGGAAGGGUGUGUUUGGGCAAGGGGAGCCAACCAGCCCUAGAAGCACAGGGAGUGGCUCGGAGUGGGACUGUAUAACGGGCAGGCUGAGAUGGUUCACCCACUGCCUGGACACAGCGCUGCAAAGCUUAGACUGGUGAAUCUCAGUCCUGGCUGCACAUCUACCAGUACAGAUGGCUCCUCAGACUGGCUCCACUGAAAAGGAGACGCAACCUGUUUCAGCCUUUCUACAGCUUUUCACUUGGGAAGAAAUCAGAAUCCACAAUGGCCGUGGUCAAAGUCAGGAGCAAUGGCUGGUGAUUGACAGGAAGGUUUACGAUGUCAGCAGGUUUUCCAAACACCACCCUGGAGGCAGCCGAGUUAUUAGCCACUAUGCUGGCCAAGAUGCUACGGAUGCCUUUGUAGCAUUUCACAAUGAUAAGACUCUGGUGAAAAAAUACUUGAAAUCUCUGCUGAUUGGGGAGUUGGCACCAGAUCAACCCAGCUUUGAGUCUAAUAAAAAAAAAUCACUUUUAGAGGAUUUCCGUGAGCUGCGCUGCACCAUUGAGAAGAUGGGACUUCUGAGGCCAAAUUACGUCUUUUUCUUCCUGAUUUUCCUUCACUUCGUGGUACUGGAUGCUGCAUCCUGGCUCACGGUCUGGUACUUUGGGAUAUCCUUAGUGCCUUUCCUGGCUGGCAUGGUGUUCUUCACCAUUGCUCAGAUCCAGAUGGGCUGGUUCCAGCACGAUCUGGGUCACUGCUCCGUCUUCAGGAAGCCUAAAUGGAAUCGACUUCUGCAGAUUGUUGUGAUAAAUGUUCUGAAGGGAUUACCAGCCAGCUGGUGGAAUCACCUGCACAACCAGCACCAUGCCAAACCCAACUGCUUCCGCAAAGACCCUGACCUCAACAUGCACCCUCUCCUGUUCAGCUUGGGAAAGACACUCUCCGUGGAGCUUGGAAAAAAGAAGAAGAAGUUCAUGCCUUACAAUUACCAGCAUAAGUAUUUCAUCUUAUUGGCCCCACUUGCAAUUAUACCCUUCUUCCAGCUGUCUAUAUUCUACUUUGCAAUCAAGAGGAAAAAGUGGUUGGACCUGUUAUUGAUUGUAGCUUUCAACAUCCGAGUCUGUCUCAUGUAUAUUCCUUUAAUGGGAUUUAACAAUUUCAUGGUAUACUACUGGCUGUCCAGGUACCUAGAGAGUAACUGGUUUAUUUGGGUGACGCAAAUGAAUCACAUUCCAAUGGACAUUGAUUAUGAUAAGAACGAAGACUGGGUAUCUACACAGCUCCAUGCAACAUGCAACGUGAACCAAUCUUUGUUCAAUGACUGGUUCACUGGGCACUUGAACUUCCAAAUUGAGCACCACCUUUUCCCCACAAUGCCUCGACACAACUACUGGAAAGCAGCUCCUCUGGUGAAAGCCCUUUGUGACAAGCAUGGCAUUGAGUAUAAAAGCAAGACUUUACUGACAGCCUUUGUAGAUAUUUUGCAUUCACUGAAGCAUUCUGGGGAGCACUGGCUUGAAGCAUAUCUGCAUGGAUAGAAACUGGCAAUGCUCUUGCAGGAAGGGAACCUCUUCACCAGACAACUGCUGCAAAGAGUCAGCACAGACCAACAGUGUGUGUGUGCGCCUUCUGGCAUAGAAACUCAGGACCUGGGCAAAGCUAAUUUCAGUAAGAAUGGCUGGGAAAGUGGGUUAAAGAUACAUUUUUUCUUGUUUCAAACCAUGAACCUUUAUUUUUCCUGCUCUUAAACUCAGCAUUUAGAGCCAUGAUGAACUGGGCCUUUAAACCGGGGAGAAGUAGCUCUUGAAUCAGCUUGAUCAAUUUACUUCAUUGGAAGUGCCAGCUCGUUGCUUAUGGAAAAGGUUUGAAAGGAAAUCCUUCACAGAGUCAUAGAAUCACAGAAUGGUUUGGGUUGGAAGGGACCUUUAAAGAUCAUCUAGUUCCAGCCCCCUGUCAUGGGCCGGGACGCCUUCCACUAGACCAGGUUGCUCAAAGCCCCAUCCAACCUGGCCUUGACAUUUUCUAAUGUCAUUUAUAGCUAAUAUAGUCCAUUAUGAGACAGUUGAGCCACACUGGCAAAACCUAUAUUAUGCUGUAUUCAUCUAAGUGACCUAAACCCAUGAAGGUAGUCUCUAACGGCAAAUAAGUAGACAAUUUGCCCAUAAAGGCAAGGGCCAUGUGGAAGAAAAACAGUUCUUCUCCUCUGCCAUUCACAUCCAGAACUCUGUGCCCCAGCUUUCAGUGGACAAACCACCCAAAGGAGGAACACGUGAAAGAUCUUAAAGUGAGAUACCACCGUGAACAAGAUGACCCAUCUGCAAUCCAUUGAUAAGCAACUUAUAUGUAUUACAAGCUACAGACAACAGCAGCCUUCUUCUAGGUAACAAAAAAUAUCAAGCCCAACACACAAAGCAGAAGGAGUUUGGACUUUUUAUUUUUGCCUUUGUUUUUUAAGAACAUCUCCAUUUAUUCUUUUGAUUUAUAUUUUUUUGUGUGUGUUGGUGCAGGUACUAAUAACACUGUUCUGGUUAUUUCCUAAUAAUAGCUGACAGAUGCCAUUGAAAAGUGUUCUGAUUAAAAAAGUAGUUAUUAAAAAACUGCUUUGAAUGUUAUUUGAAAAUCCCUUCUAAUUCUAACUAGUACCUAGAAAAAUUCUGUGUUCCCAUAUCCAAGGUUGGUUAGAAUGGUGAUAUCCACAAUUGUGUGCAACAGUAGUAACAUUUUAUAAGUAUUUAAGUGAGAGUACUGUCUUAAGAUGAAUGCAGCGAUUUCGCUGCAUGCUCUAUUUGCUAAUAUAUGAAGACAUUUUAAAAUGGAUGUCUUGGUAAAGGUAAUAUAAAUAUUAAGGCUUCCUACUUUUUUUACCAGUGAGACUUGAAAGCUGUGCUGAGUAGAGCCUGAGUCCCACUGAAAUCCUCUAAAUACAAGAAUGACACAGAAUGGUUCUUUCUGGUGUCAGCCUCAUAAAUCAAACUGAUUAUUUGUUGCAUUUAGUUAGCAUUCUACUCAUUUGAACGUAGUAAUUUAUUGAGUCGGUCUUUUUGCAACCUCAUUUUAAUUAAAAUGUUUCUGUCUCUUUAA